ACAACGCUGAGGAAACAUAGGGGGAACAGACUUCGACACUCCGGAUCGAUUCUCAGGGCCGGCGGGUAUGAGGUGCCCUUGAGCAAGGCACCUUACCCCUACUUGCUCCCCGGGCGCUGCAGUGAUAGCUGCCCACUGCUCCGGGUGUACGUGUGUUCACCACUUGCUGUGCGUGUGUUCACUACUCUCUGGAUGGGUUAAAUGCAGAGGUCACAUUUCGGGUAUGGGUCACCAUAUCUGACUAAUAGGUCACUUCACUUUCACUUAUCUUUUGCAGUCAAGUGAGUUCACAUCCAUUCAGUUAUUUUACAUUAAGAAAUCAUGAUUCGGUAAACAGAGUAAGGGAAUAGCAUUAUUGCUGGUGUGUUUGCAGCUGUCAACUGGUCAGACAGCUUUAAGGUUCUUCCUCUUUUUUAUCUUCAACAUAAGGCUGAAUGCAAGAUGUGCAUUCAUUUUCACUAAGCUAAAUGUUUGUUUACAAGCCUGUCAUGAUUUAAUAUGCUUUGUGCGAAGAUUUACAGCAAAUGUACAUGUCGUAGUGUAUAUUUAUGGUAAACCGUCAUAUAAAGAUAAACACAUUUGUAGUAGAAAAACAAUAAGAGCGCUUUAAGGGCUUUCACCAAUGAGACCAAGCGAUUUUGCUCUCUGCACGCUGAUUGGUCGGUCGUUCCUCUUGAUAAAUCUGUCAGCUGAUUCUUCAACUCUGAUGUUAUUUACUGUGAAAACAGGUUCGCGGAUGGUAAUAUCUCUCAAAUUCGCAAGAUUGAUUAGUGACAAAACCAGAAGAGCAGCUUGAUAAGGUUGCUAUGGCACCGACUAAGUAUGAUGAGAAGCCAGAACCAGGAGACCUCAUUGAAAUCUUCAGGGGUGGAUACCAGCACUGGGUUAUCUAUGUUGGGGAUGGUUUUGUGAUUCACCUGGCCCCACCCUCUGAGCAUGCCAACGCUGGGGCAUACAGUAUGAUGUCAGUCGUGUGUGACAGAGCCAUAGUGAAGAAGGAAGAAAUCUGGGAUGUUGUAGGCUCAGACGAGUACCGUAUCAACAACCUUCUGGAUGACACUUAUGAGCCUCGCCCUAUUAGAGCUAUCAUAAGGGAGGCAGAGAGCCUUGUGGGAAAUCAACUUCCAUAUUGUGUGGUCAGAGGGAAUUGUGAGCACUUUGUCACAGAGCUGAGAUAUGGAAAGCCAGAGUCCCGCCAGGUGAGAAAAGCAGUGGAGAUUGGUGUUGGAGUCGGUGUUGCUGCAAUGGUUGGCAUUGGAGUUUGUGCUAUUGCUGCAGCCCUUUUUGGUUCAAAAGACAAAGAGAAGCAGACCAAAUAAACACUGGGAAAUAAAGUACUCAAAGCACAUUGCCUUAAAUGUAAUGUCUGUAAAUUAAUCCGUAAAUGUAUUUGAUAGAAUACCCAAACAUUUCAAACGUUUAUGCAAUAACUUGGGCCUAGUUUUAUAAGCACAAAAGAAAAUAUUCACAAAAUGUAAUAGAUUUACAAGCAAAUAAAAUGAGAUAUACAUUAAUGUAUUUCACUGAUAAAUCUCUAAUGGGUGAAAUGUUUUAAUACUACACUUUUAUCUGUUUUCUAACUUUUUAGAUCAUGUUAAUACCUGUAUAUUCAAAUAUGGUUUAACAUUUGACCAAAUGUGCAUCCCAAAACUGCUGUGUCUCAGUUUUUGUGCCAUUGAGUGUUAUUAAGCAUGUACAAUGUUUUACAUGUAUCAUUAUUUUUAUUACAUUAACAUUACAUGUAUGUAUUUGACAGAUGCUUUUAUCCAAAGCGACUUACAUGCAUUCAGUCAUGUACACGUAUUAGUGUGCGUUCCCUGGAUUGAAUCCACGACUUUAAGCAGCUAACGCAACGCUCAAGCUACAGGACAGCAGGGAAAUUCUUGUAAU